UAUUAUUCUCUAACACUUUGUUCCAUUACCAUGACACUUCAUGCUGAUUCAGCAUCACCGGUUCCUCCACCGGAUCCCGCCACCUCCAACGGCGCUGCAACGUCGGAGGAGGAAAACGCAGCACAACAGUCAUCUCCUCCACCGUCAUCAUGUCCAAUCCCGCCGGAGGAACUUCGACUUCCGAUAUGGUGGCCGGAAGACGGAAAUCUAAGCAUGGAUUGGAUCGAGAACCUGGUUGCGUGCUUCGAUUGGUCUUCGAAGAAUCUUCCUCCCUCCGAGUUCCCUUCGAUUCUUCCCGUUCAAGUUUUCGACUCUCUCAUCCUCUUAGCUUCCAAGAUGCUUCACAAGGAGCCCAAUUGCGUCCCUGUUGACCCGUAUCGACCCGAACCCGGUUCCUCCGCCGCUUCCGUCGUGGUAGUCGGGGACGUCCACGGGCAGUUCCAUGAUCUUCUCUUCCUCCUCCGAGACGCCGGUUAUCCCUCACAGGAUCGAAUCUUUGUCUUCAAUGGUGAUUAUGUUGAUCGAGGGGCUUGGGGCCUCGAAACUUUCUUGCUCUUGUUGGCAUGGAAGGUGUUCAUGCCACGUAACAUAUAUUUGCUAAGGGGGAAUCAUGAAUCGAAGUAUUGCACGUCAGUUUAUGGUUUUGAGAAAGAAGUAAUGGUAAAAUAUGGUGAUAAAGGUAAGCAUGCAUACCGGAAAUGUUUGAUGUGCUUUGAAGGUCUUCCUUUGGCUUCUAUUAUAGCGGGGUGUGUGUACACGGCUCAUGGAGGACUUUUCCGCAGUGUAACUGUGACGCCGUCAAAGAGAUUAAAAGGAAAGAAGAACCGUAAGAUUAAUGUAAAUCAUGAUAGAAAAAAUCUCUCUCUUGGUUCCUUGGAAGAAUUGUCCAAGUGUCGAAGAUCAGUUCUUGAUCCUCCUUGGGAAGGCUCAAACUUGAUUCCAGGUGAUGUUUUGUGGUCUGAUCCAUCAAAAACUCCCGGUCUUGCUCCAAACAAAGAAAGAGGCAUUGGCUUGUUGUGGGGUCCUGAUUGUACUGAAGAAUUUUUGAAAAAGUACCAACUAAAGUUGAUCAUCAGGUCACAUGAAGGUCCUGACGCCAGGGACAAAAGGGAUGGCUUUGAUGGAAUGGCUGAAGGUUACACUAUUGAUCAUAUUGUGGAUUCUGGAAAGCUGGUCACCGUGUUUAGUGCUCCCGAUUACCCACAAUUUCAGGCAACAGAAGAGAGAUAUAACAACAAAGGUGCCUAUAUUGUCCUGGAGCCCCCGAAUUUCGACAACCCUACAUUUCAUGGAUUUUCAGCAGUUACUCCAAGGCCAAAGGCAAACCCCUACUACGAUUAUGAAGAAGUGAUAGACUCUGACGAAGAAUUGGACUUGGCCUCCAUGGUUACUAGCUGAUAGGUUUUUGGUGUGAAGAAAAUGUUACAAAGUUAUCAUAUUUGUAAAAAUUGUAUUAUUUUUUGAAAACAGCUUUUAUAAUUAAAUUAUAAUAGGAUAUAUUGCUUACCCGA